ACUUUAUCUGUGGUUUCGUUUCAGGCGAAUAAGUGCGGUGUGCUACAGGCUUUCGACACCAGUUACUUUCGCAGCAUUACAGCUGACAGACAGUUUUUUUGUCAGGUUCCACCGGAAUAAAGGCGUAAAAAUGGGACGCGGAUUAUUAUUGAUCUCGCUUUUUAUUGCUGCAACAGCUCUCACCUAUAGUUCAGCUUUUAUGGCCAAGUCAGUCAGUCCAAGCCCUAGUCUGGCCACAAACACAACAACUCACGCUCCGAACACAACAACUCACUCUUCGAACACAACAACUCAUGCUCCGAACACAACAACUCACGCUCCGAACACAACAACUCAUGCUCCGAACACAACAACUCACUCUCCGAACACAACAACUCAUGCUCCGAACACAACAACUCACUCUCCGAACACAACAACUCAUGCUCCGAACUCAACAACUCACUCUCCGAACUCAACAACUCACUCUCCGAACUCAACAACUCACUCUCCGAACACAACAACUCAAGCUCCGACCCCUCCACCAACACCAACGCCACCAACCAAACUGACAGUGGGGAACUAUAAUGUUACUGAUGGAAAAGGCAAAAUAUGUAUUCUGGCUAAAUUGGAAAUCCAGAUCCGUGUGAACACCAGUGAGGUUAAUGGCACGUUCAUUGUUCAGCCAAACAUGACUACUGCCCAUGGAAAAUGUGAGACUAAUACAGCAUCUAUCACUCUCGCGUUCACAGAAGGCAAUUUAACCCUACAAUUUAAUAAUAGUGAAACGGCAAAAAAGGUCUAUGUCGAUGAUGUGGAGUAUAGCUUUACCUAUGCUUUCAAAAAAGGAGACUCAAAAACGUACAGUGGGAAGAACAAGUCUCUUGAGCUGUUUGCCGCGGCCCAGGGUGACUCUUACUCCUGCACUGCUGAGACUGUGUAUAUGGGGAACGGUGUGAGUCUAGACCUGAGCAAUUACCGACUCCAGGCCUUCAACAUCAAAAACAACCAAUUCGGUGCACCGGAUCUGUGCAAGGCUGAUAAACCUGACUACCGUGUUCCUAUCGCCGUGGGCAUAAUCCUCAUCAUUCUCAUCGUCAUUGUAGUCAUUGCCUAUCUUAUCAGCAGGAAACGAAGAACUGAUGGGUACCAGUCACUAUAGAGGCUUAUAAGUCCUGAUUUAUGAGUAUAUCAGCGAUUCCAGUUUAAAGGAAUUUUUAUGCUGUUAAAAGUGAAUGUUACUUAUGCACCGAUGAACAUGGAUGGCUUAGGAUCUGUCCAAAAAAUGUUUACUAUACAGAGACUGUGUGCCUCAUCCUAACACAAGCUGCAGUUGACUGCACAAUUUCUACAUCACUAUAAGAUCAUGAUACAACAAGUGCAUGCCUUAUUUACCAUACCUUCAUAAAAUAAUCACCUGUUUUAAAAGAACCCAACCUAAUACUGACAUUACAGAAGGAUGUGCAAAAUUUACUCUUGCUCCAGAUUGUGUAUGUGUUCUUUUCUAUAGGUGCUCUUCACUGCUUGUCACAUGCAUUUACAUUUUCUAUGAUAGGCUGAUAAACCAAUGUUAAUCUGACAAACAUGUCCAAAUUCGUUUUUAACCCUAAAGGGCUGCAUAAAAGGGAAUUAAGUUGCUUACGUUUAUGUUGAAAUAUAAAUAGGCCUAAAUUGUGUUUUGUAAUUAAUAAUAGAAAGGAUUUUUCUGCAUCCUGGUUUUCUUUCUGAUGUGCUUUACUAUACUGCAUUGUGGCCAGAUCCUUUAACUCGAGCUGCAUUUAUGCACUGAAUAAUGGGAAUAAUGUGUAAUUUUGGAGACAAAUAAUAAAUAACGUCAUGGUAA